CACCAUCAGAGUGACAUCAAACAUGGCGGAUGAUGGAGAGUCGCUGGAGUCCUGGCUCAACAAAGCCACUAACCCUUCCAACAGAGAGGAAGACUGGGAGUAUAUCAUGGGAUUCUGUGACCAAAUCAAUAAGGAGCUAGAAGGCCCUCAAAUAUCCGUUAGACUGUUGGCUCACAAGAUUCAGUCCCCACAGGAAUGGGAGGCGAUACAAGCAUUAAUGGUCCUUGAGGCUUGUAUGAAGAACUGUGGGCAAAGGUUUCACAGUGAAGUUGGGAAAUUUAGGUUUUUGAAUGAAUUAAUUAAGGUGGUUUCACCCAAAUAUCUAGGAGACAAAGUGUCGGAAAAGGUGAAGUCCAAAGUUAUUGAGGUGCUCUACAGUUGGACUGUGUCUCUACCAGAUGAAACAAAGAUCUGUGAAGCAUAUCAGAUGCUGAAGUCUCAGGGUAUCGUCUUGGUUAACCCAGAAAUUCCUCUUGAUGUUGCAUUAGUACCAUCAUCCUCUCCAAGAACCAAGAAUCCUGUGUUUGAUGAUGAGAAGAGAAGUAAGAGGUUAGCAGAGCUACUCAAGAGCAAAAAGCCUGAAGAUCUGCAAGAGGCCAAUCGGCUCAUCAAGAACAUGGUCAAGGAGGAUGAAGUGAGAACCCAGAAAGUGAGAAAACAAAAAAGCACACUGGAAUCAGUCAACAACAGUGUCAAACUCCUCAAUGAGAUGCUUGCUCACUUCAGCCCAGAGGACUCCACUGACAGUGACAAAGAGCUUAUCAGGGAGCUGUAUAAUGAUUGUGACAAACUUCGACAGACAGUAGCCCAGCUUGCUGCUGAGUCUGAGGACAAUGACAGCAGCUUGGGGGACAUCCUGCAGGCCAGUGAUGACCUCUCCCAUGUCAUUAAUUCCUAUAAGAAGAUUGUGAAAGGACAGAACAUCAAUGGAGAGACCGAAGAAGCACAACAAACAUCAGGCAAACGAGGCUCCGGCAGCACAAACCAGUCAGAGAUUUUGAUUGAUCUGGUGGGUUUGGGUGUACAGAGCCCCUCUACACCAGAGAAUCAUCCUCUGGCAUCUUCUAUGGCAUUUCCUACUGAUCUGUUGUCUGGGUCUGCUGCUGCUGAAGCUCAGUCCCCGAGCCCCAGGGCAAUCUCUGGAGCCCUCUCUCUACUGGAUGAAGAGCUAUUAUUCUUAGGCCUCAAUGAUCCUGUGGAGAAUACAGCACAUGCAGAGCAGAGCAAGUCUCUGUCAUCCUUUCAGGAUCCCAGUCAGGAUCUUUUUGACACUACUCUGCCUUCGGGUCCCACAUCUACAUAUUCACUUUGUCCAGAUGCCCUCUCUUCAAGUGUAGCCCCAUUUAGCCCUAACAAGUCCUCUUCAGCUGCCUCUGCUUUAAGCUUCUCUAAGCCAGUGUUGCAGACAUCUCCAGUUUUUACACAAUCUUUUGCAACAACAUCAGUCAUGUUUCCACAGCCACUCAGUUCAGUGCCGACCACUUCAGGCCAGACUCUUCUUCCCCAGUCACUCAGCAUGACAUUGCCUCCUCCCUCAGCGAUGCACGUCUCCACUUCACUGACAGCCCCUCAUUCGCUUUCAUCCUCAGUCAGUGAAAUUCUACAGGAUCUUUCCUUGCUGGAUCUGAGCAGUCCAAAAAAUACAGCUGGUGUGUUGGACUUUGGUAGCCCGCUGGUCAAGAGUGAGGAUUUGCACACUCCUGCUACCAUGUCUUUAAAUCCUGGUAUCUCCUCCACCACAUCCACCUCACUACUUAUGGGACAGAUGCAAGGAAGCUCCAACCCCCCGUCAGUCAAGAGUCAGGAAGAUGACUGUCCUCUGCUACACUCUGAUUCUCCCAUGCACCCUCUGACCCAUGCCAGUCCAGGCAGAGGACAGGACAUGUCCCUGGCCAAUGUUUUUGUUCCUUUGGAUGCCAUUAGGCCAAGUAAUGUGUGUCCAGUGACAGCAUAUGACAAAAAUGGUGUCCGUGUUCUGCUGCAUUUUGCCAGUGAUUGUCCACCAGGCAGGCCUGAUGUAUUGGUGAUGGUGACGUCCAUGCUAAACACAGCCCCACAGCCUGUCAGAAGCAUUGUUCUACAGGCGGCUGUACCCAAGACUAUGAAAGUGAGACUGCAGCCACCCUCAGGGACAGAGCUGGCUCCUUUUAACCCAAUCCUUCCCCCAGCUGCCGUCACUCAGGUCAUAUUGCUUGCCAAUCCUCUCAAGGAGAAGGUCCGGAUGAGAUACAAACUGACGUUCACAUUGGGAGAGCAGCCACUCACAGAGGUUUGGGAGGUGAACGAGUUUCCCCCUGCUGACAGAUGGGGCGCUCUUUAGCCCCGUCUUCUCCUGUAGGACGACCAGACAACAAUACAGACAAUACAGAUCUGGUAUUAACAUCCAUCCUAAGUGACCCAAUGACAAGUAGACAGUGCUAAGUACAGGUCUGAACACACCAAAUGUGUCCCGAAUGUGACCUUGGAUCCUGCUGGUGGUUUAGGGACGCAUGUGGUAAAAUUCCAGAGCAUGCAUGAACGUAAAAAAUGUCUGCAGAACACAUUCAAGCUCUUCCUGGCUGCAGAUGCACAGUAUUAUUACACUUCUCAGGACUCAGUCAUUGAUGGACUUAUGUAUAGCCAUCACUGCAGGAUUAACACACUUGGUAACACAAAAAGGUCAGUCAGUCAGUCAUCAUCUACCGCUUUAUCCUCCACCAGAGGGUCGCGGGGGGUGCUGUGCCAAUCUCAGCUACAUUGGGCGAUAGGCGGGGUACACCCUGGACAGUUCGCCAGUCCAUCGCAGGGCCAAACACAGAUACAGACAAACAACCAUUCACUCUCACACUCACUCCUAUGGUCAAUUUGGAGUGUCCAAUUUACCUAUCCCCACAUUGCAUGUUUUUGGACUGUGGGAGGAAGCCGGAGUACCCAGAACAUGCAAACUCCAUGCAGAAAGGCCCUUGUUCCAACCGGGGCUCGAACCCGGGUCUUCUCGCUGCAAGGCGAGAGUGCUAACCACUACACCACCGUGUGGCCCCUAACACAAAAAGGUGAUCAAAACAAUUUCUUUUUUUUUAUAAUGGUUCAAAUCUUAUUUCAUGUUACAGAUGCCUAAGCAUCACACCUUCCAACUCUCUUUCUGUCUGUCACUCGCGCAAACACACACAUGCAGACCCACACUGACACACAAACACAUUAUCAACAUGAAAUGAAACAUCAUUUUGUUAGCGACAACAGAAAAUAUGUCAGCCUGCAGAUAUGAAAACCCGUCACAGUUGCUCACAGAUUUUUUUCAGAACGCUUUUCAAUGCCAGGUUUGAACAGUUGUACUUAAUGCUGUCCACUUAAUGGAUCUCUGAUGAAUUUCAAUACCAGGUCUGCUCUGAACUGGGCCUUCAAGACUCGCUCAUCAAAUGUGUUCAUGCAGCUCAGAAGUCAAAUGAAAGUUAAAUUGGAAGGGUGUUUUGUGUGGAUUUGAAGAAUCUUUUAAAAAAUAUUUUAAGAAUAUAAUUUAAACUUAAAUUGGACUUCAAUGAGUUUUUUUUUUUCUGUCUGAGCUUUUCUCACUGAACGAGCCAGUCCUGUAGCAUCGAUCUUACAAUCAAACUUAACUAUAAUGCCAGAGGAAGACGUGUAGUUCUGCAAUAACAAAUGGUAUUAACCAGGUGAACAUGCACGAUGGUUCGGUGUCAAAAUAUUGCCAAGCCAUUAUAAAGUUUGGUCACUAUAUACAAUAUACAUUUUUGCUUUAAUUUUUCCGUUGAUGUGUUCUCCAGCCCCUCAGUCAUAUCACAUAGAAGAAGAUGUUGGAUGCCAGACAGUCUUAACACAGAUCAAAAACACAUAGAAGGAGAUUAUUAAAAUGGGGUCACAUUAACAUGUUGCCACACCCUGCAUUGCCCAUGAUUUGCUGCUUCCAUGAUGGCUCACAAUUACUACUGAAUACUUUGAGUUUUCUCCUGAGUUAUGUAUGAAGUCAAAGCUCCAGCGCUAUGUUUUCUGUUUGCUUUCAGUAUUUAUUGUAAUAAAUGUAAUAUUUAUUUUGCUUUGGGGAAGAAUAUAAAAGAUCUUACUGUAUGAUAUUGUGAUCGACAACAUUAUUCCUCCUGCAUACUCUUUCUCGUUUGCUACAUGAUGCAGUAAAAGUGGAAUCGA